GUAAAAUAUUUUUUCCUGGACAGUUUAUUAGAGACACCAUGAGAGACAGGAUUGUUUCAGAAGCGAAUCACUUCGUUCAGUUUUUAAAGUCGUGUCAAGAUGACAGCAAAGAUUCCUGGGUUUAUCAGGAGUAUAUUAAAUUAUCGAGGCGGAACGACGAACCUCUUCUCAGCAUGAUUGGAGGAAACCAAGCUGCCUUCAUAUGUGAGAAAAUGCCACCAGCAGUUUACGAGUGUGAAGAUGCCGAGAACACGGGUGAAAUCAGUCUCAGUGAAGAGGCCCCUGUUAAACCGCAGGAGCUCAACAUCGGUCCACUUCCACUCAGCAUCAGUAAAGCAAGAGAGAUAUUGUCCUGGUACACAAUGUCUCAGAAUCCCAACAUGCCUAAGGUUGAUGCCCAGAUUCUGUAUCCUCUAUGGGUCCGUUGUGACAUGCAGGACCCUGCAAACACGUCCUGGCUGGGCACAGAGACUGUCUACGCUGGCAACAAGGCCACAGCGGUUAAACUCUACACAGUCAGUUGUAAAGGGUCAUCAGUGGACGAGACCUCGUUUAUCACAUUGGAUCAGCUAAAGCAAGAACACCAAAACAGACACCAUUCCUCAGCGUUGUUGACAGAAGGCUGGGCCAAAUACACCUUGUUUUGCUCAGUGAAGGAAGAGAGUCUGGUUAUUGAUGCCGAGAGCAGUAUAACAGCUAACUUUAGAUGGAACAAUGUAGAGAAGAUGUUGGAGAUACCACCCCUGUCAUCUACUGUCACUCUGCACAUCAAGGUGACAGCUGGAGACAUCAGAAGCCCUAUGUAUCAGACUUACAGAGAGCUGGAAUUCCUCCUGACUCUGGCUGAUGGCUUGAAAGAGGGGGAGAUCGAGUGGUUGGAGCAACUGGAGACACGGUCUGCUGUGGAUCUAACCCGAGAACUUAUUGAAGAGCUGGAGAAUGUUGCAAAUGCAGUCCCAGGCCAGAAUUUAAAAGGAUCAGAGAACCAGAAGGGCAAAAACGACUCUGUGGUGGGUUUAGGUGGUAUGUUAAUAGAGAGAGGUGACCUGGACUUCACUGAGCAGCUCUGGGAGAAGAUGAGAAGAAGUGUGACCUCAUAUCAGGACAUAACAGAUUCUCUGAAAUUGGUCAUCAAAGCUGUGCGGUUUGGACAAAUUAAGCCUUGGGUCCACAGGGACAGCAGUAGCUCUCUGAGUAAACUGAUUGUGCAGUCCUACCAGCAGCAGGUGGACACAGUGCCUCUCACUGGCUUCACUCCUGCCGUCAUGCUGCUGGAGCUGGGCCUGGACAAGAUGAGAAAAGACUACAUCAACUACCUCGUUGGGAAUGAGCUGACAACUCUCAAUCACCUGAGUCACUAUCUCAGCAGUGAGGUAAACCUACAAGAGCAGGUGAUCAGACUGAGGAAACUGCACCACCUGCUGGAGGUCCUGGGCACCUGCAGCAGCUUUCUCAACUUGCCUCAUGAGCGCCUCUUUUUCUUCACUCAGUCAUGUUUGCAGUACUACAAAACCGCCCCUUAUGAUGAAGAGCAUGUGUUUCAGAUGCAAAUCAAACCUGCUCUAAUCAGCCACUUCUAUCAAGCAGAGCAGCCUGCUUCAUGGGGAGUAGAAGUAUCUAGUGGGCAGGGUUCACGUGAAGUGAAGACUUCCUGGCAUGUCAGUGAUAAACCUUUAGUAGAUCACAUCAUCUAUGACUCAGAUGCCCCACUAGAAAUUUCAGUGAAUGAAGAGAGUGAGAAAACUCCAUACUUCAGAACGAUGGUGUGUUGCAGCCUGGCCAACUUCAGUUAACAGAUCUAUAGAUGUUUGAGACGGAUGAUCGACAUUGGUGACCCCUAAUGGGAGCAGCUGAAAGGAGAGGAAGAUUGAUCUACAGCUGUACCUGCAGCAAGGAGCCAGUUGCUAGAUGAACACAUCUCUGCAGCCUUCCUCUUCCAGUCCUCAACCUGCCAAAAUAUGUUUAUUUAUUUUUAUUUUAUUUUUUUUGCAUUAGGGGCUCAACUACAGGAAAACUACAAAUUUUUCAUGUAACUUUCUUGUGUCUUUCGAUGCGUGUACGUAUAAAUAAUUCAGCAUUUUUGUAAUAAAUGCCUUUGCACUGUUAA